UCCUCCUCCUCAAAACCCUAAAAUCCCAAAGAAAAAUCAAAGCUGGUUAUAACCUGCCGCCUGGUCCACCAAAGCUUCCCAUAAUCGGCAACAUGCAUAAUCUCAGGGGCGAGCACCCUCACCGUCGCCUCGCCGCUCUCGCCAAAACCUACGGCCCUAUCUUCCACCUCAAGCUCGGCGAGAUCGACGUCAUCGUCGUCACCUCUCCGGCCCUCGCCGCCGAAGUCACAAGAACCCAUGACCUUAACUUCGCCUCUAGACCUCAGUUCAUGGGCACCAAAGUCAUUCUCUAUGACGGUGGCGACUUAGUCUUCGCUCCUUAUGGCAAGCUCUGGGCUCAGCUUCGCAAAAUAUGCACUGUAGAAUUAUUCAGCCAGAAACGAGUCAAAAACUUUGGAUUGAUGAUGGAAGAAGAAGGUCAUAAUAUGGUGGAGAAAGUACAAAAUAUGAGUACCGUUAAUGGAUCACCGGUGAAUAUUACAAAUUUGCUUUUAUCGAUUGCAAGCACAACAGUUUCGAGGGCUGCGUUUGGGAAAGAUUGUGCUCAGCAUGAGAGGCUUUUCACGGGCGUUAAGAAAACCUUUAAAUAUUUGUCUGGCUUUGACUUAGCGGAUUUAUAUCCAUCUUUAACUUUUCUUGCUGAUAUAAAUGGAAUGAGGCGUAGGUUGGAGAGAGUGAGGAGAGAUUUAGAUGGAACUUUGAAUGAAAUAUUUGAGGAGCAUAUGGAGAGGGCAAAGAGAAGAGAUGAGGACAGUAAUUAUAUAGCUGAUCAUGAUGUGUUGGAUGAUGAGGACUUGGUUGAUGUGAUGCUGAGGUUGAAGACAAGUGGGGAGCUGGAGGACUUUAUAACUAUGGAUAACAUCAAAGGAGUUAUAUUAG